AUGAGACGAUUUCAUUUUGUGUUGAUUGUGGCUGUCCUUGUGGACAAAAGCGAUAGUGUUUCCGAGCAUCGGAGUCCCUUUAGAAAACGUCUAAUUUUACAGCAGCAGGGUCUGGGUCCCCCUUGCCUCCAUUCCUUCCCUCCAGUGGGCCUAGCAAUACGGCCUGGAUCUCAAGUGGCAUGGCAUUGUUGUUGGCUCCCUGCGGGACCCCGUUGGAGCGGCAAGGCAAAGCUCUGCUCCUGGCUGGAGGAGGCACCGUCGCUCUCCACCGCCCGCCGGACGAAGGCUGCAGCGAAGCCGGUUCUGGGUCUGUCUGCGGUGGGCUGGUGGCUGCCGGAGUCUGAACUGAAAGAGCUUCUGGUGAACCUGCGAGCUGUGAUGCUCGCUACUUCAGAGGAGGUGAAGUGUGAAAUGUCUCUGCCGGCGGAGCUGAGCUGCCUGCAGGGCGGCGGGGAAGCAGAGGGCGAAGCGGCCCUGGCAACGCUGGAGAAACAGCUGAUCUGUCCCAUCUGUCUGGAGCUCUUCAACAAACCGGUGGUCAUCCUGCCCUGCCAGCACAACCUCUGCCGGAAGUGUGCCAAUGAGCUGUACCAGCCCUCCUUGUUCCUGGCUCGUACCACCAUGCAGGUGAACAGCGGUCGUUUCCGCUGUCCGUCCUGCAGACAGGAAGUUGUGCUGGAUCGUCACGGUGUCUACGGCCUGCAACGGAACCUGCUGGUGGAGAACAUCAUCGAUGUCUACAAACAGGAAGUCAGCAAUAACAGCAACGCUGCGAGCCCCCUCCCUCCUCCUCCUCCACUUCCUGCUCAGGUGACAUGUUCAGAUCAUGAGGGUGAGAGGGUGAACAUUUACUGUCUCACCUGUCAGGUUCCUACAUGUUCUCUCUGUAAAGUGUUCGGGGCUCAUCAGUCCUGUCAGGUGACUCCUCUGACAGACAUCUAUCAGCAGAAGAAGGAUGAGUUGAGUGAAGGAGUCAGUUCUUUGGUGGCAGUCAACGACAAAGUCCAGGCACUGAUCAAUGAGCUGGAGGAGACUUGCAAAAAUAUAGAGGACAACUGUAAGACUCAGAAACAAAGUGUGUGUGAGAAGUUCAAUCGUGUGUUUUCGAUCCUUGAGGAGAGACGAAAGGUGAUGACGCAGCGAAUCAGCUCUGAGCAGGAAGAGAAGACAAGCCACGCCCAGUCGUUGGUGCGUUGCUAUGGAGACAGCGUGGAAGCCAACAGCAAACUUGUGGAGAGAGCAGUGAGCAGCAUGGAGGAGUCAGACAUAGCUGCUUUUGUUCAGAAUUCAAGAGAGUUGAUCACAAAAGUGAUAACAGCGACUGGCUCUUGUCCAUCUGAAACACUGAAACCAGGCUGUGAGAGUUUGAGCCACUACAUAUUUAACUUCAGCAGACAAGAGAGGGCUCUGAAGAGCAUAGACUUCCUCAAAGUUUUGCAAAAUGUUCCUGAAGAACCAGAGGUGGAAAAGGAGCCUGAAGUACCCAGAGAGUCCUCUGUCCAGAUUGUAGAACCAAAACACCAUCAGGACACCUCCCCACAGAACCCGGAAUCUGUUGUAGAACCAAUUAAAGAGCUAAUCCCAACACCGAUAUCCCCACCAGUGAAAACAGCUGCACCAACAUCAGCUUCAGUGCCACCAGCUCCAGGUCUGGUGAGGGACCCUGUGGAGCAUGCGUGGGUGGUUCUGCAGCCGGAAACUGAGGACCCGGACUUAAAUGAUGGAGAAUCCGGUCUGAUGAAGAACAACACAGAGGAUCAAAAAGAGCAGGCCGAGGGUUGUGCAGCUCCUGGUCCUGGUAAAGAGGGAGCCGUCUGUGAAGAGCAGGAAGGAAUGAGCACACAGCAGUGUGAGACAGUUAGUGAUGCAGAUGAUUGGACGGCACAGAGUGAGGCAGAGGACAAACAGGAUGCUGAAGAAGAAGAAGAAGAAGAAGAAGAAGAAGAAGAUCAUGAUCUUGAUCAUGAUCAUGAUCAUCAUCCGUUUUACCCGAACUACAAACCCAACAGCUGGCGCAGGCUAUGCUCCGAUCCUACAAGAGUCCCAAGGUCAGUGUCGUCUGGUUUUACCUUCGUCAUCAUCAACCAGGCUAUUGCAAUCUUCACCACCUGCUGAUGUGGCUGCAUCUCCACAUUGUCUUCUUCUUCUUCUUCUUCUUCUUCUCUCUUCUCUGUUCUCUGUUCUUUCUGUUUUUUUGUUUAUGUUUUGCAAAGUCACUUUUGCAACUU